CCUCAACACCAAUUCAUGAGCAUCACGAGAUUUUGGGGAUGGAUGAAUGGACGCGCCAAUGCCAAUUUCUUGGGUAUAUUUCGCUUUUGGAUUUAAGUUGCUUAGCAUCCUCCUUCUCGAGCUCUCCUUAAUGACUACCUUACAAUUUAAGUCUGCAGCCCGCCUACGUACUUUAUCGUUGGUUCCCGAGAAACACUCCCAAUGGGGCGCAUGGGCACCUUCUGCAUUUUGCAUUUCCACCCGCUUGGCAAAUGUCCUUCGUUUGUUCUCCACGAAGCAGCAGUUUGACAGGAAGAUGGCUGUUUGCCAUAUACGUGGAAAUAUACGCAGCUACGGACUCAUCCAUUAUCGCCUAUACCGCCGCAGAAGGACCAGAGCUUCACAUUGAACAGUCUCCACAUGCAUUACUCUACCUUAUCACCUCGUAGGCAAAAAAAGCCGAACUCCAAAGUGCAGAUGCCGGUCGACCAUGGAAACCUCAAAUCCUCCGGUCGCUGUGACGGAAUGAAAGCUAUCCUCAGGGCUAAAUGAACUGCAUUUACUUUAUUUAUAUUUUGUUCCAUUUCUUUUGCUCGACUUCUUUUGCUUAAUUUCCUUCUAUUUGUUGUUUUCACUUGGUUUCUUGCUUUCCUUUCGAGUUCGGCCUUUUUGGCCAGAGGGUGCUUAUCGAGCCCGGGGCACCUAACCUACAGUAGAAGAUG